AUUUAUAUACGACACUAAAUGUUCGAGUGUUGAAGAGCAAAAUGACCGAGUACGAGUCUGAAGACUUGUCUGAUCCGGGUUUGGCACACUUUUCAUGAACCGCGACCUCCAUCGAUUCUAUUAAGUUGCCGAUAACCACGCCCGAUGCCAGUCAGAGCCUGGGGUGUGUGGCAUUGAACCCGGCACACGGGUACAGAUGGAGCAGAGUCCUCCGCGGGUUCCCGGACAUUCCUCCUGGCAUCUUUUUUCCACCAAGGUGAUCUUCCGUUGUUGUGGGUCGGAACCCAGGUGCAGCUGUCGAGGUUGCAUCCGUCUGGAAUAUUGCCGGCACAUUACCCUCACGACCUCUGGGCGAAACCUUGGAGCAGCUGAAGCGAAGUGGAGGAGGGCAUGUGACGCUUUUGAGCUCAUAAACACAAUAAAUAUAUAACGGAAAAUUGAUUGCCAGUUUAGACAGAUACGCUUUCUUCUGUUAGAGCCAGGCCCACUCCAAACACCAUUGGACCAUCAGCUAACAUGAAAUCGGUUCUUGUGGCUCUCGCCACGGCUACUGCUGUCUCUGCCCACGGCUGGGUUGACAAUAUCACCAUUAGCGGGCAGUUCUACCAGCUCUACCAGCCUUAUCAAGACCCAUACAUGGGAGAGUGGGCACCCAAGCGCAUCAGCCGCAAGAUCAUCACCAACGGACCCGUGGAGGAUGUCACCUCUAUUGACCUGCAAUGCGGAGGCUCCACCAUUGAAGGCCAAAUCGGAUCGGAACCUGCUCCUCUCCAUGCCAAAGCAGUGGCCGGCUCUGAGGUCUCGCUGCGUUGGACUCACUGGCCUGAUUCUCACAUGGGUCCGGUCUUAACUUACAUGGCCCGAUGCCCAGAUUCGGGAUGUGACAAGUUUCUUCCAGGUGACGAGCCGAUCUGGUUCAAGAUUCACCAUGAGGGCAGACAUACCUUUGACAAGACCUGGCCGGAUGAUAUUUGGGCCACGACCCCUUUCAUGAAGUUUGACAACGAACCUUAUCGAUACACAAUUCCAGAGUGUCUGAAGCCGGGAUUUUAUCUCGUUCGCCACGAGAUUAUCGCCCUUCACUCCGCGUGGGCGGCGAAGGGAGCACAAUUCUACCCGUCUUGCCACCAAUUGGAGGUAUCCGGUUCGGGAUCGGUAGUCCCUUCCGCAUCAAAUGCCGAGCUAGUAGGAUUCCCUGGUGCCUAUGACGCGGAGGACCCUUCCAUUCUGUUCCAAGUUUGGGCUCCUGGACCAUACAACAUUCCCGGCCCCGCCGUCUUCGGGUGUCCUGCGCAGUAAAUAUGGAAGGAUUGGAAGAAACAAGGAGCUGAUGCUACAUAUUGGUCUCAGGCAGGUUUACGCCUCUUAGGGUCGGGUUUGUAAGUAAAGUCCCAUGAUAGCUGGGCUAGAUAUUGCGCAUCAUGCGGCAUUUUCCGUCUUGCUCAAAGCCGAUCCAGGUACCUCACUAUCUUAUCUCGGCAGGAAUUUAUCGUGAUGAUUAAUUACAUGCCUUCCUCUUUCCACCUUAUAGAGAUCCGGAUGUAUAGCACCACUUUUCUUGAUCAAAAACUUAACAGUGGCGUGUGGUUGCCAUGGUGCUUCAAUGAUUGAAGAAACAAGUCACCCUUGGGCUGGGUCAUGUAACAGGUUUUGCUCGAGAAUAUGAAGCCCCUGGAUGGGAAUGAUCAACUCAAAAGCUGACCGCUUUGUCCGAAAAAAAGAAAAAGAAAAAAGAAAAUAACCUCUGAGGGCUCAGGGGUGGUGUCCAUUUGCCACUUCAAAAAGCC